GCAUACACACAAACAUCUCCAUUCAUUCAUCUCCCACACAUUAAACCCAACGAGUGACACUCACUGCGCACACACACACGCUUCCCCCUCUCUUCUUCAUCUCCCCCCUCUCUCUUAUCCAUCUCUUAUACCCAUUUAUGCUACUUGUCUCUGCAGUGGACUUCUACUGCCAUGCAAUGAUGUUUUGCCCUGGUUUUACUCCUCUUACUGGCUGAUUGCCUGAAAGGAUGCAUAUUUUUGAAUUAUGGCUGAUAUGUUUGACUGUUAAUGCAUUCAAUAUGGACUAGCUUGUGACUGCAUGGUCUGUUUUUGUUAAAGCACCUUAAUGCACUUUUGGAUUGUACGGCUUUUCUUGGAGUAACUGAAAGAACUGAAACAGUCCGAUAUCUCCUGGCAGAGCUUCUUCAAGUUCAUCCUCUUAGGAGUGCUUCAUCCUAGUUUGAUAGUGAUUAGUGUGGUGUGGAACUGCUAUGGAAACAAAUGGCUAACCCAGCGACGUACCGAGCCGCUCGCAGUCGUAGCUCGUCUCCUCCGAUCACGAAGCGGCAUACUUAUACCACCAUGAGGUUAGAUUCCUUGUGCUGUGGGGGACGCCCCCCUAGGAGAUACCCUCCGUUUGAGACACGGCCCACUGUUAGUAUGGAAGAACUUGAGAUGCAGCUAGCAAAUAUGGAGAACCCGCCACCGCCUCCAAUAGACUUCAACCUAUAUGCUACGAAGAAGACGAUAGCGGAGGGCUUUUUGGUAGUGGCUCUCCUUGCUGCUAAUGCUGCCCAACUCAAGACUAUCAUCACAGCAGGCAAAGAGAAUCAAUUCCAUGGCUUUGUCACUGCCCUGGUCAUCCUCUCCAUCGUACUCUUAAUCAUCGUCAUCGUCUUCCUGCUCCUUCUAGGCCGUGAUAACCUCAACGAUGUCUACAAACAACGAAAGUUGGAUUGGAUCAACAACUUUGCCACAGCUCUUGUUUUCUGUAUCGUAUUCAUGAACAUCUUUGUAUGUGCGUUUGGAAUAGAACAUGCACCCUUAUAGUGUUGGCUGUGUACGUUUUCAUAAACAGAGUAGGUCAUGUACUUUUCUAGUAUUAAAAAGAGAUAGACAUGGUAUUUUUAUGAAGACUAAUAUAAUAUUGCAUUAAAUUUUGCAAUAGACAACUCUGCCCUUGAUGAUGCAGUAGGUUUUUAAAAAUUUUAGCCAAACAUUGUACAUUAUGAAUGUCAAUGAAAAAAAAACCCAGAAGAUAAAGAGAAACAAUUGAUGAUUCAUUUAUGUAGAUAAGUUCUGAACAGUCUUAUAAGAUAUUAAUUUGAUUUAUCACACUUGCAGUGGUAAACUGAAAUACUAAUGUAUUCAAGAACUGUCAUUGAGAUGAUGUGCACUACAUCAAGCAACACACUUGGUUCUUGUUUACAGGCAAAAAGGCUUCCAUAUCAUUAUUCUUCAUGCAUUCAUUAAUAACGCAUAGCAUACAAAAUGGUUUCCCCUAAAGGCUUGAGUCUGGAGCUCGUCUUUCUUAAAGCAAGAUAAAAGGUGAUGGGGAGAAUGAAAAGGUAGAAAAGCUGGCUUGCAGGUUUGUCAGUGCACCAAGGCUUUUCUGAAUGCAUUAACUCUUGCCUUUCUCUUUUCCCGAAGCCAUUUGGGGCUGCCAUUAUUUCCAUUUAGAAUGGAAGGUAAACUUCUGCUUUGUUUCCCAAUCUUGCAUUGGAUCAAUGUUAAUGGAAAUGCACAAUGCAUGAUGCUGUCAUUAUUUUUCAAUCUUUAAAGGAUGCUUAAUCCACAUAUUCAGGUUCAUUUUCAAAGUUUGAAUUUAUUAUCGUCCUAUAAAAUUUGAAUUAUCAUACCUUUACUUAAACAUCAGAAUGGUGUAAGUCAUUAAUCAGAAAGAUUUCACAUCCCUAGAAAAAUGUUUCUUUACAAUAAAGAGAACACUCCCAGAAGGAGUUCCUGAAGCAAAUUAUAGGUAGUUUGUUUCAAAACAUGAAAUUGGAACAAAAUAUAUUUGUUUAAAAAAAGUUCUUGCCCACUCAGAUCUUGCCUAAAAUUGCAAUAUCAUUUUUAAACUACAUGCACCUCAUUUCAAACUUAAGACAGAUUGUUGUCCUGAUAAUUUGGAAAAUUUGGCCAGAAUUCAGACUCUGACAUGAUGGUAAAAUUGCUUAUUUUUAUGGAUCGAUUGUUGUAGGAGACAAUGAAGAAGUUCAUGAUUGCUUUCCAUGCAUGGUUUAAUGAACUCUUAAAGGCCUCUGAGCAUUCUGUCUGAGAAGAACAGUAUCUCUCAUUGCACUUGCUAUAUUUAGCUAUCGCCAUCUUUAUGCAUACCGUGAGCAACAUAUGUUGAAAUGAUCAUAUCUGAAUGCUACUUCCAUAAUAUGCAAUGACUCGAUUUCACAUUAGUGUUUAAAUGUGUGACUAACAUAUUCAAAAAUGCAAUCUCUGCCAGUAUAGGUAGCUGCGACACUAAAAUGCUGCAUAUUCUUUUGUGGCCUUUGAAAAAACACACCUACAUGUGGGAUAAGGCAUCAUGAAUAUGUAUGAAGGCAUGAGGAAUGUGUAUUAAGGUGUCAUGAAUAUGUAUGAGUUGAAUGGUUUUUGUCUGACCAUCAAGGUAUAAUUGUUGUUGAGUAAUUUAAAUGAUAGACAUCUUGAAAUGUAGCAAAAAGAACCUUCUCAUACAGAAUUUGUCACUUAUUAAUUAAGACUUGAAAGUAGGACCGAAAAUGUCAAGACAUUGGAUGUAAUAUAAAGUUCUACUCUAUAUUUUUUUAUGAAAAAUUAAUAGUUUGUAUUAAGAUGAGGCCUAUGUAUCCACUAUUUAUUGUUCCCAUUGACCAUAGGAUAUACAUGUAUGUAUAUUUCUUCAUCAUUUUGUGUUGGCAUUAUUGCAAUUUAUGCACUAAAUUGGGCAGUGUUUUCAUGAUUAAUUCAUAGAAUAUGGUAAUAAUUCUAUGUCACAUGUGUUUUUGCCAUAAUACCAAUCUCAAUAAUAUAUGCUAUCUGCACUAACUACUUGAACUUUAUAAAAAUUAUUCUCUUCCUUCCUCAGCCAAUAAAAUGGCAGCUUCAGUAGCUUAUGACAGUAGCAUGUAAUGUGCCAACAGUUUUUGUGUAACAGGGCCCUGCUAUCAGGGUAAGAUAUUAACAUAGUGAGUGUUCCCCUGUUCACCCGUCUCAACACCUUAUCAUAACAUAUGGUAUGGUGCUAUCCCUUCCUCUGCCUAAUAGAUCUACUAAGCAGCGUACAAGAAACAUGGGACAGUUGAUUGCUUCAGACAUGAGGAUGUUAGAAACAAGUGUUUUGAUGUAAAACGUGAAGUAUAUAUUAUCAAGAGGUGUAUGUGAUCACAAGGUUGUUUGUAUAUACUUUUGAAAAUUAUGGAGGACAAAAAUAGUUCUCUGUAAUUAUUUGACCACAUUUGAAUUUACUUUUAUACUUUUAGGAUUGAAAUGCCCACUUUUUGAAACAAUUAAAUUAUGGUACGAAUUUAUACUAGUACUUGCAUUGUAUCACAUCUUGAGUGUGAUAGAUUAAUGUUUAUAUUCCUUUAUGAAAUGAUUUACCUUGCACCUUUUUAAUUUUUCAACAGAAAAAGAUUAUAGCUCAAAGUAUACACGUUACUCAAACUCACCUUUAAGAUUUUCUUUUGCAAUUUAUUUAAAUGUAAAAAAAAAAAUGUUUCGGUAUAUACAUGUAAACUCACAUGUUUCUGCUGUGACUCAAUUAUCCAUAGUGACGUUAUCUCUUGGAACAGUCACUUGAACGAAGAGUGAUAAAAAGGGAUAUCAUAUCACCUCUAAUGUACUGUACUUGGUUACGUACAAAAGGUCACAGUUCUUUUUUGGAACUAUUUCUACCUACAGACUAACCACUAUCUUCAUUGAAUUGGCAACAUCAAACGUUGCCGCUCUUCAUUAUAGCAAAAUAAUCACCUGUUCAGAGAGGUCAAAUCCUGAUAGAAGCAUAUGCUUUGUUGUUGAUAUCCAACAACAGUGUUUUCUAUUUCAUUAAAGGGUUAUCAUGAUUUUUCAUUAAGCUGUCAGUUUUGAGUUGUAGUGAGUUCAUAAUACAUUUGAAUUUAUUUUUACAUUUGAAAAACAAGUAUUCAUAUUUCAUUCUUGGUUUUAUUAGUGUGCAUAGGUUGAUUUGAAAAGGGGUUUAUAAUACAUAUGCAUGUUUUUUUCUUUUUUUUUUUCAUGAUACCUGUCCCUUCAAAAUUUCUAACAGAAACUGAAUAAUUCUUUUGGGUGAAAAUCAAUUUAAGAUAAUGGUACAUUUGUAUACAGCUGCAUUGAGCUUUGAUUAAGAUAACAACACCUUGUGACCUUGUCUAAUGCAAUUGAAUAGGAAGCACAGAAUCUAAUUGUACAUUCAAUUCCACAAUAGGAUUUGGUUUUAAGGUUUUUAUGAUUCACAGAAUGAUUGAUGAUAUGAGUUGAUGUACUUUAGUAACACUACAUGUACCAAGAAAUACUCAAUUUGAAUGAUGUGUCAUUGUCCAAUUGGUUUUGCAGUACUGUCUUUUUAUAGUUAAUGUUUAUAAUGCACUCUGAUUUGAAAUAAGUUCAGAAAGGCUGUGCACAAAGACCAGCUGAACAGUGGAUUAUUUAGAAUCUUAAGGAUUUAUUAUCAAAUUCCAAUUCAAAUCUUCUAUUUAACUUGAGGUUAAAAUCUAAAUCCAAUGUUCAGUUAGUCACAAUUCACAGCAGUUCAUGAUUUCAUUCUAAAUCUUUUAAAUUUAGAGUGAGGGUGACUAAGUAUUACUCAUGAUACAUACCUACCUAAAUUCAGUUGGAGGUAUGAAUAUCUUGAUGAUUCUGUGCAUCAAAUUUUGUCAGUAUAAUUUCAGAUAAAAUUGUCCCAUUUUGUUUCAUAUAACUGUGUAUAUAAUUUCACCUCCUAUAUGUCUGUAAUUGCCCAAUUUCCUGCCAAUCUUUGUUUCAAGAAUCAUGCAUGAAAUUGAAUCUUCAGUAAAUAUUCAAAGAGGCAGGUGAAUUAGGUUUGAGAUGGACAAUCUGUUCAAUAGCAAGAUAUCAUGUACCAGGAAGGGACAUGUCAAUUUCAUUCAAUGCCAUUUUGGGGUGAAAUGAAUCCAAGAAAUAUAAUUUUACUGUCCCACAGGAAAAUGUUUGCAUUGAACAUGUUGGUUGAUAUUUUCACAGUGAUUUUAUUUUCACUAAUUUUUGUGAGUCCAACAUCUCUAAAAUCUCCAGUUCUGCAUUUUGCUAUUGCUGAACAUUAA